AUGGGCUGGUUCGAUGGCGUCUCAGAAAUAGGCUCGUCCUCGGGACACCACCACCGCAAGAGCAGUAAACACCACUCUUCGCACGGCUCUCCGCGCGCGAGUUCGAUUUUCGGAGGGGGUGAUCACAGACAUAACUCGUCGAGGAGUUCGUUCUUUGGAUUCAACCCUAGUCACCGCUCCUCCUCCUCCUUCUACAAGCGCUCCCCGCGCCAUGGGUACCUCUCGCGAAUGUACCACAAGCUCCGGCGGCUCCUCCGCGAUCUAGUCUACUACAUGAAGAAGCACCCCAUGAAAGUGUUCAUCCUCGUCAUCAUGCCGUUGAUCACAGGCGGCGCUCUCACUGGUCUGCUUGCGAAGUUUGGAAUCAGAUUGCCUGCGGGGAUUGAGAGGAUGUUUGGUAUGGCGGGAGGUGCGGGUGGGUAUGGAGGGAGUGGGGGGUUUGGGGGAAGUGGGUAUGGAGUGAGUAGGGGGAGGGAUGGGGGUAUGCAGUUUGAGAGGACGCAUGUUGAGGGAUCUGGGAGUCUUGGUGCGUUGAGUGGGUUGGGGAGUGUGCUUGGGGGGAUGGGAGGUGUGGGCGGUGCGGUUAGUUUGGCGAAAAUGUUUAUGUGA